AUAUGUACAUACACACAGUCUCCUGAUAAAGGGCCUAUUUAUUGUCUUGAUGAGGCGGCACAGAUAUUGUACUACACCAUUCAUGUUUAAGCCUCCGGUAAAAACUGCUUGGAUAUGUGCGUGUCUUCUUCUCGCUCAAAACCAAGUGCGCCUGCUGCUAGUUGCUCUUUUCUCAUGCUGCUUCCCAAUCGACAGUCCACCGCGUCGCUGGUAUACUGGCAGUUCUUUGAUAGAAUAUGUGCUCCGUGGCCUUCCUCGCUGGACCUUAGGCCGCCCAUAUCAAACGCUUCACCAUGACCCAGCAAGAGAUCUCCCAGGAAACUAACACGAAGGUGCUCAUCGCCUGUCUCUGUGUCGCCGCCGUCUUUGUCUCUAUGCGAUGUGGAGCCCGCUGGUACAAGACCCGCGGGUUUCCAUGGGCAGCUGAGGACCUUUGUAUGUACCUCGCCCUGGCCUCCUUCGCCAUUACAUGCGCCUUGUAUUUGGCAACGAUGCCAACCUUCUACAAUGUCACGGCCAUCGCGGCUGGAAAAAUGGCACCCUACGCCAGUCUCGAGGCAGAUCUAGUCCCGAUGUUAAAAGAGUUCUUCGCCGUCCAAAUAUUUUUCUGGUUAACACUUUGGGCCGUGAAGUGGAGUCUACUUUUCAUGUUCAAGGCACUAACUAAUGGUAUCGCUCUUUAUACCAACAUCUGGUGGGGAGCACUGGCUUUCACCGUGUUGACCCUUAUUGGAUGUAUUAUCAGCAACUUCACCAGCUGCUCGAGUAUGGAUGCGUGGUUCACUGCUGGUCUAUGCAGCACGCCUAGAGACGCUCGCGCAAAAGCUAUUAGCUUGUGGUACUGUAUGGCAGUGGAUGUACUUGGUGAUUUGCUGAUUAUGGUUAUCCCCAUACGCGUACUUGUGAGCCUACGCAUUACGCUGGUGCAAAAGCUCAGCAUCGGACUCGUCUUUAUUGUUGGAAUUAUCACCAUGGUCUUUGCCAUCGUCCGAGUUGUCUCUCUCAAUUCGAGUGUCAACGGAGGACAAGUUAGCACGCAAUGGCUAAUGCUGUGGGCGGGAAUCGAAGGCGUAGUUGCAAUCAUCGUCGGCUGCCUCCCAUCCUUUGCCAUAUUCCUCCGCGGGCGCGUCGAGGAGUCUAACGGACAGUACAACGCUUACCCGCCGAAUUCCUCGAACAAAGGCAGCAACGCUCUCUCGAAUUUGCAACAGUCGCGAAUAAAAUCCGCAGCGCGGAACGAAAGCGUGAUGCUCGAGGAUAUGGAGUCGAAUGGCUCGGGGCACGAUACGGGGAGCAGGAAGAGUUUGGUAGGGGACCGGAUCAUCAUCACGCAGGCGUGGAGUCAGAAGAGUUACAGGGAAACUGGGACGGAUAUAGAGGGGGAGAGGCGCCAGAAGACGGGGCUCACCGGGGUUGCAUAGCGGGGCGUGGGCGGCUGAAAAGGUGGCGAAUAGGCGUUUCUGUGUGUUGUUAGAAUCUGGAAUACCAUAGAUAUGUCCAUAGAUUAUGCCUAUACUAAAGUGCUGUACCUCGGAGA